AUGGCUUUUGUCCUGUUGUCCCAGAAGAAGCUGAAAGGGGAGACCACUUGCUCGGUUUGUCUGGACUAUUUCACCACCCCAGUCACCCUGGACUGUGGGCACAACCUCUGCCAGGGCUGCCUGGAGCAGUGUUGGGGGGUCCCUGGCACCACAGAGAAACCCACCACCUGCCCACAGUGCCGCCAGACAGUCUGGCGAAGGCACCAGAAGCCCAACUGGCAACUGGGCAACUUAGCCGGGCUGGCCAAAGAGGCUACCAUAGUGGAGAAGCAUGGAGGAGAAGAAAGUGCUACCAUGUGCCAAAGUCACCCUGGGGAACCCCUGCUCGAGAUCUUCUGCCAAGAGGACCAAGUCCCACUCUGCCUGGCCUGCCUCAGGGCCCAUCGGGGCCACGAGAUCAUCCCCCUCCAGGAGACUGCCCAGGAAGCCAAGGAGAAGAUCUUUUGCUGCAUGGAGGAGCUUAUGAAGAGGAGGGAGAAAAUCUCAAUGCUUGAAAUAUGCACACUAAAUGAGAGCGAACAGUUGCUUCAGCAAACAAAAACGGCAAAGCAAAGGACAGCAGACCAGUUAAAGAAUCUACGCCAUUUUCUACGAAAACUUGAGAGACAGCUACAAGACCAGGCGGCAGAAGUGGAGAAAGAGAUUGUAACCAGAAGGGAUGCGAAACUGGGCAAACUCUCUGAGGAGCGCGCCUCUCUCAACAGCACCAUCUCAGAACUGGCAAAGAAGAGUCAACAAACAGAGAGCAAACUUGUGCAAGAUGUUGGAACUCUUUUACAGAGGUGUGAAAACACUGCGGUUGCUACAGAUCCCUUGACUUUUCCUGUGGAGUUGAAGUGGAGGAACUGGGACUUAUUUGAUUUCGUUCCCUUUCUGGAAAACGUCACAACUAAAUUCAAAGACACUCUAAUAUCUGGACUCCAUCUGAAGAAAGGAUAAGUGUGACUCCAAAGUUUGCUAUGGCUUAUGCAUAUAACAUAGUAUGAUCAUGCACCUGUAGUGCAGUGGCAACAUUUUGAUGUGCAAGCCCUCACUCCAAGGAGAGACAAAAAUGCAAGUAGUUGUGUCGAUCCACAUCUAUAUACGUGUAUACACACAGACACACACACAUCAUAGUAUGUGGCUGGGAAAAUCCUUUUCCCUUCCAGAAUUGCAGGUAAGCUCAGAGGGAACAGGGGAGUUUGAGUGGGAAGGAAAGCGAUUUAUCUUAUCGUUUUGGCUAAUCCUACAGUCCCAGUCCUUCAUCCCUGUGAUUGCUGACUUCACUGCAAGCCUGGUAUGUAACAACAGGAUCCCUAGUAGCAGAAAAUGCUUCUGAUGGUGGGAGUUUGGGAGGGGAACUACAUCUUGCCUGCUGCCUUUCCUCCUCUAGACAUGUAAGCCUAAGCUGAACAUUUUGGGAUGAAGACAGAUGUAUACUUCUUCAUAGUAAUCAAAACAGGCAUGUGUGAUGUAAUCCAUCUGAGAACACAACAAGAGACUUUGGUGCAUUGAACCAAAGUCUCCAGUAGUCCAACAUUAUGUUUCCAUAUUGGCCAACCAGUUGAAAUCUACAAGCAGGACAUGUGGCCACUAACAUCUGCCCAUUCAAAUUCCCUAGCAACUGGUAUUCAGGGGUAGAUUUGACAGCUUACUUAACACAUACAUAUUUUUGGAAAUCAAAUGUUGGAUCAAGUAUUUGUCUACUUUCUUCCCUCAUGACCUCA